CGGGAGGUCAUAUGUGACGGAAGCGUGUUCAUCCUUAAUGUUUACGAGUACUAUCAAGGUCCCUUUUUAAACGUGCUUUCAGAGAAAAGGGAUGCUGCGCAGGGCUCUGCACGCCUCGGCUCGGUGCUGGAAGAAGAGCCCACACAACACGAAAGGCAAGAGCGCUCCGGAGCAGCGAUGGAUCGCCAGGCAGAUCAACGACCCGUAUGUGAAGGCCGCCCGCCGGGAGAGCUACCGGUGCCGGAGCGCCUUCAAGCUGCUGGAGAUCGACGACCAGCACCGCAUCCUCAGGCCGGGGCUCCGCGUCAUUGACUGCGGCGCCGCGCCGGGGGCGUGGAGCCAGGUCGCCGUCGAGAGGGUGAACUCGUCGGGGGCAGAUCCCGGAUUGCCGGCGGGCUUUGUCGUCGGAGUCGACCUCCUGCGGCUCGCGCCCCUGGACGGAGCACACUUCCUCUCCCCGUGCGACGUGACGGACGCGGCCACUCCUGCCCGCCUGCAGGAGCUUCUCCCGGCCUCCGUGGCCGACGUCAUCCUGAGCGACAUGGCGCCCAACGCCAGCGGCUUCAGGGAGCUGGACCACGAGAGGCUGGUCGGCAUGUGUCUGUCCCUGGUGGACAUGGCCGAGGGGGUCCUGCGUCCGGGAGGCACUCUGCUGUGUAAAGUCUGGGACGGAGGACUGGCCCAUCAGCUCCACAAGAAGCUGGCGCAGGCCUUCAAGGAAGUCAGGACCAUAAAGCCUAAAGCCAGCAGGAAGGAGUCCGCCGAGCUGUUUUUCCUGGCCAAGAGUUACAAGGACAAAUGAUUGUUAGCAUUUUCCUCCAGUUUUUUAAAUUGUUUAAAAAACUGGAGUUUUGUGAGAUUACUAUUGGGAAAAAAACUUCAAAAUGAUGUGCACUUUAUCCCAAAGCCAGCAAGAGACGUUGCCAAAAUUGAGAAUGAAAAACAAACAAACAAACAUGAGUUUAACAUUUCAUUGCUGCAGACACACUGUAAGGGCCUAAACACGAGACACUGUAAAGCCUUAAAUCUUGGUUUCUUGGGCUUUAUUUUAUAAACAGAUGAUGAACCUAUUGUUAACGCAAUGUAAUUUUAUUUGAAGUGACAAAAACGUGUUCGGUUUCACUGGACUUGACAUCAUGACCUUUGUAUUAAACUACAGUACGUACUUCUUUCUGUAACGUA